AUGACGAUCCGAAUAGUUGCUGGAACAUAUGAAGGUUUACUCUAUGGAUGGGAAUGUCCCAUCGUGUCCAAGGGUGAGAGCAUUAAAAUGAAGCUCACAUUUGGCUAUGCGGCACAUCCAGAAUGUAUCAAGAGUGUAGCAUUGAUGGGUGCCAAACAAGGCAAGACACUUUUGUCUGGUAGUAGUGACGAGAUGAUCAAGAUCUACAAUGUGGACAAGCGUGUAGAGGUCGGUAGCUUGAUGGAACAGCACGGUGCCAUCACGAGCCUCGAGUUCUUUGGCCAGAGCCAUAUGCUCAGUGGUAGCGCCGAUAAUUCGAUCUGCAUCUGGCGCACAUCGGACUGGAAUUGUCUACACAUUCUUGGUGGUCACAAGGGCGAAAUCAACGCGAUUGCAGUGCAUCCGAGUGGUAAAAUGUGCUUCUCGGUAGCACGUGAUCGCACGCUUCGCAUGUGGAACCUCGUAAAAGGUCGUAUUGCUUUUAUUCGGCGACUGGAAAAAGAAGCGGAGCUUGUCAUGAUCUCGCAAAAGGGCAUGCAUUAUGCGCUCGGAUUCGGCAAGGACUUGUCGAUAUUUAACAUGAACGCAGAGCUGGUGGGCACGUUGGAGCACUCAAAGAAGAUACACUGCGCCGUGUUUGCAACGGAUGAAUACGUCGUCUGUGGUGGCGAUGACAAGCACAUUUAUAUCUGGAAGACCAACGGAACACUUGUUGGAAAGAUAACCCAUGAGGACAUUGACGCCCGCAUUCGGUGCCUUCAGGUUGUAUACCCACAUGGUGAAGACAAGAUGCCGUGGAUCGUGCUAGCGACGUCUGAUGGUACGUUUCAGAUCUGGGAUUUUGCUUCGUUUGCGCUGGAUGAUUCGUCACCUGAGGAAUCAAACAAGUCGGUCGAGCCGAUGGCCUCGACUGUGCUCCUCACGAAGCCUCGUGUAACGUGCCUCUCCGUGGUCGUGGCAAGUGAAAAGGAUGGAAGUGCCAUAAGCGAGGCAAUUACUCAGAAGGUAAAGAAGACUAAGAAGGCUGAGAAGACGAUGGAUAAAAAGCCUGCUGCCCCCGCUGUCGGAGUCCCUCAUGUAGUCGUCGAGUUCAAUGAUGAGAACAAGCCUGAAGACGAAGGUGAUACAUCUAAAAAGCGCAAAUCGGGUGUUAGCACGCAGCAGAAAAGCAAAAAGCAAAACAAGAAGCAAAGAAGUCGCGGUAGUAGAUGA